CCUGGCUCACGUUUAUGGCGGUUUGCUGGGACCAGCCGGCUAGUAAGAAACUGCUGUUUAACUUCCGUGGGCGAUGCGUUCUGGUGCAGCAGUCAGGGCCUGUCAGAAAGUCUGCAGGUGCCUGUUGUCUGGGUUUGGAGGUCGAGUAGAUGGGGGGCAGCCUGAGCCUUUGACGGAAGGGAGUAGCUCCUUCGGAGUGCCCGUGAGAUUGCACGCAGAGCUGCCCCGGGGAAGCGAACCGACCGAAGUCCCCGAGUCCGGUGAGGGGAUCGAGGAGCUGCUAGAGAUCUGUCAGAGAAGGCAUUUCUUCAGUGGCAGCAGGCGGCAGCUUAGCCGACAUUCUCUUCUGAGCGGGUGCCACCGUGGUUUUGGCCCCUUGGGGAUAGAGUUGCGGAAGAACCUGGCGGCAGAAUGGUGGUCCUCGGUGGUGGUGUUAAGGGAGCAGGUCUUCCCGGUAGACGCCCUCCACCAUGAGCCAGGCCCGUCGCUGCCCGGGGACAGUGCCUUCAGGUUAGUUUCAGCAGAAACUCUACGCGAAAUCUUACAAGACAAAGAGCUGAGUAAGGAACAGCUAGUAGCAUUUCUUGAGAACUUACUAAAAACUUCUGGGAAACUACGGGAGAACCUUCUUCACGGUGCUUUGGAGCACUAUGUUAAUUGCCUGGAUCUGGUAAACAGGAGGCUACCUUAUGGCCUUGCUCAGAUUGGAGUGUGUUUUCAUCCUGUUUCUGAUGCUAAGCAGACACCUGGUGGCAUUAAAAGAAUCGGUGAGAAGACUGAGGCUUCACUGGUUUGGUUUACUUCAGCAAGAACUGCAGGCCAGUGGCUUGAUUUCUGGUUACGCCAUCGACUCCUGUGGUGGAGAAAGUUUGCCGUGAGUCCAUCUAACUUCAGCAGCAGUGAUUGUCAGGACGAAGAGGGACGAAAAGGAAAUAAACUUUACUACAAUUUUCCAUGGGGAAAGGAGCCAAUAGAGACCCUGUGGAACCUAGGAGACCAUGAACUUUUACACAUGUGUCCUGGAAAUGAGUCUCAAUUACACGGCCGAGAUGGACGAAAAAAUGUGGUUCCUUAUGUUUUAUCUAUUAGUGGAAAUCUCGACCGAGGCAUGCUGGCUUAUCUCUAUGAUUCUUUCCAACUAACAGAGAGCUCCUUUACAAGAAAGAAGAAUCUUCAUAGAAAGGUACUUAAACUUCACCCUUGUUUAGCCCCUGUUAAGGUUGCUUUGGAUGUGGGAAGAGGCCCAACAGUGGAAUUAAGACAGGUUUGUCAAGGGCUAUUUAGUGAAUUACUAGAAAAUGGAAUUUCUGUGUGGCCUGGUUAUUUGGAAACUGUGCACUCCUCACUGGAACAACUUUAUUCAAAAUAUGAUGAAAUGAGUAUACUGUUCACAGUUUUGAUUACUGAAGCUACUUUGGAGAAUGGGUUAAUACAUCUGAGAAGCAGAGACACCACGAUGAAGGAAAUGAUGCAUAUAUCCAAAGUAAAAGACUUUUUAAUCAAGUAUAUAUCAUCAGCUAAGAAUGUAUAGGUUUUAAUAUUUGUAUAAUAAAUAUUCUUCUUUCCUAAUUUGAUUGUCUUCUAUUAACUUAGAUUUGUUUUUAGUUCCUUUACACUUAUGAAGUGGACAUUUUUGGUGCUUUUUUAAAAUUCAGUUUUUAUUACUUAUAUUUCUUGAUGUAUUCCAUUCUAUCAGAAAUAUGUUCAGCUACAAGAAACAAAAAUCCCACUAUAUUGGGUGCCCCUGGUUGGCUUGGCUGGAAGAGCAUGUGACUCUCAAUUUCAGGAUUGUGAGUCCAAGCCCAAUAUUGGGUGUAGAGAUUACUUGAAAAUAAAAAACAAGAUACAAUAUAUUAGUUUAAGCAAAUUGUAGUUUGUUUUUCUCAUAACAAAAAGUCCAGGAGGUGGACUGUCCAGAGCUGUUAUAAUUAUUUCAGUUAUAGUUAGGGACCCAGGCUCUUGAUAUCUUUCUGUUCUACCAUCUUUAGUAUUUUGGUUUUUAUUUUUAUACUUCCUGCUUCGUGAUCAUAAGGUGACUGUUGUAUUCUAGCCUUCUUAUCCACACUUUAGUUAGGAAGAAAGUCAAAGAAACAAGAGCUAACCAGUCAAAACUCUUUCCUUUUUAAUUGGGAAAGUAAAAGCUUUUCCAGGCAUCCCAAUCAGAAGACUUGUUUACAUUUCAUUAGUCAGAACUAAGUCACCUGGUCACUUGUAGUCCAGUCACUAUCUGAGGGGAUGAAAGUAUCAUAAUUAAUUUGGAUCAAACCCAGUUUAUUCUUCCGGGCUUUAGUAGUGUCUUCUCUCUGAAAUGGGUUUUACUAUCAGGAAAGAAGGAGUCUUUCUAGAAACUGCCACAUGUAUAUCAAAUACUGAAGAUUAACCUAAAACUAAGCUUUCAAAAUUUAGAACAUUUAUUGCUGGAUGGCAUAAUCUAGUAUUACAGUGUAUUUCGUGUCUGAUUCUAAUGGAUAAAAGAAAUCUUUAAACUUUUAUGUGCUGAUUGUGUUAAUUAAACUGUCAUUAAACUUGACAAAAAUUCCAAGUAUAUGCAGAAUGGUGU